AUGCUAAGCCAGCGUUUCACUUGGGCUGAAUUAUGCCACAGCAGCAGAGCUCGCUGGGCACUGGAUUGGAUCGCUUGUUUUGUUUUGAUGGUUAUUUUCCGUGGCGUACUUCAUCAUAGGACGGAUGGGUUCCAUCAGCAGUUCAGCUUGAACGACGCAUCUCUUCAGCAUCCGCACUCAAGCCAACAGCGUGUCCCAGACACUCUGUUAGCAUAUUUCUCUGUGCUUCUUCCGUUUCUUUUGGUUUCAGGUCUCUCUUUGUGUAUGAAACGGCGUUGGGCCUGUCUGAACAAAGCCUGGCUGGGUCUUGGUAUGACUAUUGCUAUUACGGGGUGUCUUACGGAAUUGGGCAAGAAUUUGGUGGGUCGGCCGCGCCCAGACUUUCUUGAUCGCUGUCAGCCAAAACAUGGUUUUGUGGCAUCCCAUCCUACAACUCAUUACAAGAGCUCGCUUGUUGAUUACACUGUCUGCUCGACAUCCAUUCAUGCUCGUACACUCGCUGAUGGGUUUAAAAGCUUUCCUAGCGGGCACUCAAGCAUGUCCUUUGCCGGACUUGUCUUCUUGGCUUGGUUUUUACAUGGAUGCGGCACGACUAUAAUACAAAAUUCAGCGUGUCUUUCCGAUUCUCGCGAAGAAGCGGCGCCGCUUGACGAGGCACGGCAUAUGGAGGAAGGCCUUCCGGCUGAUCGUGUCCACUCCGAGCCGCCUCUUUCACUCAGUCUUACCAGCCUGAUCAUACCACUCAUGCCAGUUAUGCUUGCUGCCUGUAUUUCUAUUAGUCGUCUCAUGGACUAUCGACAUCACCCAACAGAUGUCCUUGCAGGCGCUAUUCUUGGCACGACCAUAGGCACGGCCGUGUACUUCGUCUAUCAUCGUCCUUCGAAUUCGCUCAAACUAUGA